AUGGAAGAAGAUAAACCCACUUCCAAAUCAAAUUUAAUACAAACAAAAUUAACCAAUAUGGAUUCAUCAACACCUGGUGUAUCCCAAAAAUUGGCUGAUAAAGUCAUUAUUAACUUUAUAAUUGAUACAGUUCAACCAUUAUCCUUGGUGGAUAAUGAUUCUUUUAUAAAGAUGAUAAACACUUUUUCUCCACGGACCAAGAUAUUUUGCCGGCAGACACUGAUGGCAAGAAUUUUGGAGAGCUUUAAGGAAAUGAAAGAAUCUUUGAUAUUAAAUCUAUCAGAUGUCUCCUACGUCUGUACAACGGCAGAUUGCUGGACUCACAAUAGAAGAGCUUAUUUAGGAGUAACUGCACAUUGGAUUGAUCCUAAAAAUCUUAAACGAAAAUCUGUAGCGUUAGCUCUAAAGAGAAUAAUUGGCUGUCAGACUUAUGACAUUCUAUCCAAUAUUAUUGCAGAAAUCCAUAGGUCUUACAAAAUUCAAAACAAGGUUUGUAAGAUGAUUACGGAUAAUGGGUCUAAUUUCCUGAAGGCCUUCAGAAUAUUUGGGGAAGAUAAUAAUAAUAACAAUACUAGUAAUAUUCCUGACAAAAAUAUUGAAGAUGGAGAACAAGAAGAGGAUGAUGAAAUGGAGUUUGAGAUAAUUGAUGUUCAUGACAUCCUUGGAUCUUCAAUAAAGUCUUCUAUGUUACCUAGCCAUCAUCGUUGUUCCUGCCACAACCUAAAUUUAAUUGCGACAGUGGAUGCUGAAGAAGCAUUAUUAAAUGAGGAUUUUAAAAGAGUAUCAAGAUCUACAUUUUCUAAAUGCCAAGCUCUUUGGAAUAAACAAAAUAAGUCAUCAAAGACGUCUGAUAUUUUCAAAAAAAAAUUAGGACGUUAUUUAUUGACACCAAACACUACAAGAUGGAAUAGUGUUUACAAUGCUAUGAAACUUUUAGCAUUGUUUCUAGAUGAGAAAAAAAUGGAAAUGAAUUAUAUAUUGGAUCAAAUGGGAAUACAGUAUUUUAAUGUGGAGGAGCAUACUUUUAUUAAAGAAUAUACUGAAGUUAUGCAAUAUGUUGCUGCCUCACUUAAAAUCUUAGAGGGGCAAGAUAAUAUGAGCAUGGGAUAUUAUGUGCCCACACUGAGUAUAUUAAUUAUCAAGCUCAAAAGAAUCAAUAAUCUAAAAUUUUGCCAACCACUGAUAGAGUCUAUGCUAAAAAGUAUUGAGAAAAGAUUUCCAGAUCUGUAUGAUGAUGAUAAUGUAAUAGCUGCUAUCGUUCAUCCUAGUUUCAAAUACGGCUCUCCAGUGGGGUUCUUGCCAAUUAAAGAUGGGCUAUUGCUCAAGCCGACUAGAUGA